AUGGAAAAAGAACUUGACGUGUUGCACAGCCGGUUGUUCAAAGCCAAGGCACGUCCAGAGAAGACAAUGGCUGUGCUGAUCUCCGGUGUUCCAGGCUCCGGCAAAACACAUCUAGCGAGGCAGUACGUGUUCACUCAGCGAGACUGCUACCCCGGCGGCAUAUUUUGGAUUGAUGCCAAGUCCCGUGAAUCUACGUACAAGUGCUUUUGGGAGAUUGCCCAAGCCGCUACGCUGAUUGAACAGAAAGCGACUGUGAACACUGAGUAUCAUGAGACUGAAAAAUACGUGAAUGCAGUCCGCCUGUGGCUUCAGACACGCAAAGAUUGGCUCCUCGUCUUUGAUGGUGUUACCUUCGACCGCGACGACGAUAUCAACAACUUCAGGGAGGUUUUGCCGUGGAGCAAACAGUGCAGUAUCAUAUACACCUCGGUUGACACAACACUGCGCAAAAAGCAGCGACUGUACGAGCCCUAUUGCCUAAUGAUCUCGCGGUUGAAAGUGGAAGACGCCUGCAAGCUUCUGUUCAAAGAUCUUGGGAUUACGCGAGCGACACCUGAGCAAAUCUCCAAGGCUACCCGGAUAGUUGAGCACUAUGAAUGUCUGCCUUUAGCGAUCCAUGCAAUUGGACACCGUCUCAAUGCAACGGGUAAACCGAUUGAGAAGUAUCAUGUCAAAUCCCAGGUGACCGACAAGAAGCUUGCAGAACCUUUCUUGAGCAUCAUGAACGAUUUGUUUCGGUUGCAGCAAAAGCAGGCAUUGCACUUGAUUAAUCUUCUUUCCUUUCUUGGCCACCAGGUCCCCGUGGGCCUUCUGAACCUUGGUCGAGCGGCUAUGGCUGCUGAGAAUUUGGAGAUCCAGACCAGCGCCCAAAUAGGAGAAGAUCCUGAUCUCGAUACCACACUUGGAAUCCUCAUUCACUAUGGGUUGGUUGAACGGAUUUCGGAUGCUGAUCUCUUUCAGCAAAGAUCAUCUAUGCAUCGUUUUGAGAGCGAUCAGAUGGGCUCAGAUGUGAAGACGGUUCCAGACCUCUCAGAUUCCCUGACAGAGAGUAGCCAAGAAGGGUUUUUCUCCAUGUACCGUCAUGAAUCGGUGGUCGACGUAGUCAAGAUUCACAGUGUGGUGCAGGGGUUCUGUCGCGAUGAGCUCCGAAUCAAGGACGAGGAGAACAAAGCCAUGAUGAACAAUAAUGACCCUGGCUUCUUUGAUACUUGGCUGGUUGUUGCGACUCGCUUCCUCAUCACGUCUUACGACACCGCUAUGGGGCGGAUGGCUCAUUACGAAGAUUGUGGCCUUGUCCGGGACUACCGAGAGUACGAAACUCACGCAUCACGACUGCUUGAGCUCUUUCCAAAGAAGGCAGCAAUCAAUCUCCAUCCUCUCAUCGUUCGUGAAACACGAGAGAAUUUGCGACGAUUGACAAAGAUGAUAAGCAAAGAAAUAGAGAACACGUCUCCAAGCUCUUCACACCACUCUCUACGGAACCAAAAGUCGGUUUUCGACAGGUCAAGCAGCUCAUCGUCAUCCUUCCGUGAGUCGUCAGCCGACGAAGGUCCAUCACGCCGGUCUACAUUCAACUGGAGUGAUCUCGGCUCACCUCGAGCGGAGUCUCCCGAGGAGAUGGCUAUGCCACCUCCCCAAUUCAGAUUAGAGCUUUUCCCGCCACAUAUAUUCAGACAGUCUGGGUACGAAUCCGAAGAAGGCUAUGAAACUGACGGGGAAGCUAAGGGGGCAGUUCGAAUCUCUCCUGCUAUGUCGCAAAUAAGCCAAGCAACAGAGAUACCAAACAACACAUCUUCCUCAUCGAGUCCCCCAACCACUGGCCUAUCAGAGUGGCAAGUGGUCAAUCGACGCUCAAAGCCAUGGUCAAAUAAAGAGAACCAAACAAAGAGGCCAAACAAAGGUCGUCGUCGUUUUAGAAAUACCAAGACCGACAUACCACUGGUCAAACUGUCCUCCAUCCAAGGAACAGGCUCAUCAAGUCGCACAGCCACUGGCGACAUGGGGAGCUCUUUGAGGUCGGCUUCGGAGGCUGAAAAAGCACUUGCGGCAGUGCGUCGGUCUAGCAAUUCUCAGGCAUCCGCUGACGCCCUGCAGCCUAGAAUCACCUCUCAGCCUAAAAACAAAGAGAACAUGCCAACUUAUGCGAGUGUGGCCACCCGACAAAGGUUAGAGGAAGACUCUACGGUGAAGCGUCGAUCCUCGGUUUCCACUUUGCAGGCUUUGGAUCCAGCUAGCGGGCUGCAUUUGAAUGGUAGUUUGCAGAUAAAACCGUCCACUGAGUCGCUCGACAGUCAAGCGGGAUACACCUUUACUUCUCCGCUUUAUCAUGAUGUGUCCGAGGAGUUGAUGGUCGAGCCUCUGAGUCAGUCAACCUACAGUGAGCCCGAGUACAAUAUGCCCAGUCACCACCGCAUAGCAGAUUUGCAUACCGCGCCUGGAUCCCGGGCUCCCUCCCGGCGUGGUUCAGUACCACAUCUGGAGGUCCCACGAAGUCUAUCUGCAAGCGUGCCAUCGCUCCUCCCAUAUCCACCACCACUGCCAUACGACGAGAACAUCUCAGUCACUCUCCCAAGCCGCAGAAGGCCCUCCCAAUUAGCAUUAGGCUCAAUAACUGCCCCAGGCCCUUCUAGACCUUCCUCCAUCGCUCAUCCAUCCGCAAUCAUGCCCAGCGGAUUGUCACUGUCGAAUAGCCAACUACACGUGGGCUCAGCGCCAGAGCGCCCAAUUCCUGAGCCAAUGUCGCGCGACUCUUCCGGGUACUCUUAUCAAUCGUGGGUCACAGAACCCGUGCGAUAUCCCCCGCGGUUCUCACCAAUUCCAAGCUUCCAACAAGCCCCCGAGAUGAUCCCAAGUCCACCAUCGAGUAUCCAACAUCAACAACAACUGCUCGCUGGGACUGCUAACUGGACAACCGAAUUGCCCCUAGCGGGUAGUGCUCUCCAGUCAGAUCCCAUCUACCCCAGUCCACCUGCGUCCUCACAUGGCCAGCUCCGGUCCAUGGAUGAGCGACUGAAGUAUAUCGACCCGAGCUGGAACCAGGAGAUUGAGCCAGUGCAGUACUUGCAUUUUGGCGGACACCGCGUUGAUGUGCGAGAUGCACGUCUCCGACUCCAUGAAUCGACUCGCAUCCUGCCUCCGCAUCCACAGCAGUAUCAUCUAUAUCAUCCUAAUUUGUCGGGUCCUUUAAUUCAGCAUGAUGGUCAGGUCUAUGCGCCUGCACCGCGGCUGGAGGUAUAUGGGACUCGUCCGCGUAGUGGGAGUUCCCCUGUGGGCUCUAAUUAUUCUGGGCUGGGUGUGCGGUUCUCAUGA